AUGUGGACCCAUGAGAUCUUAGAAAAGAUUUGGAAUGGAGAGAACAUCCCAGAACUUUGGAGGACAAGCAUACUAGUGCCACUGUAUAGAGAGAAAGGCGAUGUAUUAGAAUAUGGGAACCACCGUGGUAUCAAGCCCUUGGAACGCCUCUUGAAAGUUGAGGAAAAGUUCUUGGACCAGAAGAUCCGAGAAGUGGUGGACAUGGGAAACAUGCAGCAACUCCAAGAGAAACACUUGGAAGGCAACAAGAACCUAUACCUUGCCGUUGUUGAUUUGGAAAAGGCAUAUGAUAGGAAACUUGAGCCUUAA